GGCGGGCGGGUCCCGGCCCCGCUGCUCGGUGAGCGGCACCGGGAGCGGCGGCUGGGGCUGGGGCUGGGGCUGGCUCGGCCCCGCAGCUGCGGCUCGUUGCGCUCUGCUCAGCCCCGCUCCGCCCGGCCCGGCCCGGCCCUUAACAGCGGCGCCGUCCCGGGACGCCGCAUGUGAGCCGGGAGGGCAGCGCCGCACCGCCCCGCACCGCCCCGCACAGCACACACCGGCACCGCACCGGCACCCCACCAUGAGCAACCUCAACAAGGACACCGAGCACACCAACAGCGGCGGCACCGUCGAGGAGGAGGUACGGACGCUGUUUGUCAGUGGCCUCCCAGUGGAUAUCAAACCCAGAGAGCUCUACCUUCUCUUCCGACCAUUCAAGGGUUAUGAGGGGUCACUGAUCAAGCUGACUUCAAAGCAGCCAGUGGGUUUUGUGACCUUUGACAGCCGGGCUGGCGCUGAAGCAGCGAAGAACGCCUUGAAUGGCAUCCGCUUCGACCCCGAGAACCCCCAGACCCUGCGGUUAGAAUUCGCCAAAGCCAACACAAAGAUGGCCAAGAGCAAGCUGAUGGCCACACCGAACCCCACCAACAUCCACCCUGCCUUGGGGGCACAUUUCAUUGCACGGGACCCCUAUGACCUGACUGGAGCAGCUCUCAUCCCAGCCUCCCCAGAAGCGUGGGCUCCCUACCCCCUGUACACCACGGAGCUGACCCCUGCCAUCCCCCACGCUGCCUUCACCUACCCGGCGGCUGCAGCUGCAGCUGCUGCUCUUCACGCUCAGAUGCGCUGGUACCCUCCCUCUGAAGCUACCCAGCAAGGAUGGAAGUCUCGUCAGUUUUGUUAGUUCCUUAUGUUUCCUCUUGGCUUGUGUUGCUGCUCCCUGCCUCUCUGCAGAGGGACGUGCCAGGGAGGAUUGCUCUGCCCCCUCUGGAUUCGGUACGUGGCCAGCGGACAACGCGCCUGGCCCCACCUCGCUGCCCCCAGGGCUGCCAGAACCCCUUUCCCUGGACUGUGAAGCCAUUGCAGCCCCAGCCACGGGCUGUGUGCUGCCUGCAUCCCUCUCUCUGUCCCUCCAUCCCCAGGACGUCCUCCCUGACUGAGCUUCUCCAUCUGGCUGCACUGAAACCCAGCUGGGGGCUUGGUCCUGGGCUUCCCCGGGCUCACCCUGCCCUGGGGGCAGCUGGGCCGAAGGAAUCGAAAGGCAAAAUGGGUUUUGCAUGUUUUCUGGCAUGAAUUAAAACACUUAACUUGUGUCUGUGUGAUGUAAGUUUGUUUGUUCUAGCGUUUGUGUAACCGUUAGCAACAGGUCUUGGCCCAACAGAUUGAUCCAUCAAGGUUUUCCUCUUGCUUCGGUGAAGACUUGGCUUUGAGAAAUACUAACUGUCCUUGUCUCACCCUUUCUCCCACCUCCACCCUCCCCUCCCCAGGAUGACCAGAAAAAUUUGAAAAAUGCUUUUUUCUUUUUUUUUUUAAAGUAUGAUGCACUGGGUUUUUGUUCUCAUCCAUUCUGCUCGUUUUAAAGUCAGGGUUAUUAUAUUUUUUUUCCUUCUUCAGACUUCUAUAUAUAGAACAGCUGUAAAAUAUCUAACCUCUUUUUAUUUUUUUUUUCUUCCCAAAUUCUUCUGAUUGGAGAGCAUCCAGUCUUGCCAAAUAAUCAGCCAUCCUUAUGGGAAUACCGAACAAAAAAAGUACGAGUAUUUUUGUACCAUGUGUAAUAAGGAAAUAUUUAUGCAUCAUAAAGAAUUUCUUGUGUGUUUGUGUGCAAUUAAUUAUUGUUAUUAUUAAAGAGAAAUUGUAAUCGUGUAAGAUAAGUUAAUGUUUAGUUAAAAGCUUGAAAAAGAAGGGUUGUCUUCUGUACCAAUGAUUCAGUCAGGCAUAGUAAACAAGAAAUUGUGCAAUUUUUGUUUUUGCAUCUUAUUGCUUGGUAUUGAAGUGCUUUAAGUAUUAUCUGACCAUGGCUGUCUCGCUUGUAUUAAAAGAUUUGAGAAUAAGUUGCUCUAUAAUUGCUGAUCCUAUGAGAAUGUGAAACUGGAUAAUAUAUGAAAUGCAACAACAACAACAAAAAUAUACCCAGAGGCUGCUGUGAC